UGAGAAUGGGUUUUAUAAAAGUUGGAAGAUUAAAUCCAAAUUUUGAUAAUAGUAGUGGAGUUAAAAGAACAACUAAACCAUUUAUUUUUUAAAAAUAAUGCAGGGCGAUUAACAGCUGAAUUAAAUUAUGUUUUUAUCAGUAAAACAAAUUACAAUAAUGGUAAUGGUAAAGUAUUUAUGCAUCUAACCCGGUUAUACUACUAAAUCAACUACAGUGCUUCAGAAUUAAGUCAUUUAUGUAUAAUAAAAAUUAAAAUUUUACCCAAUUGGAUAUAUAAUUUAUUGUAAUAUAUAAUUGUAACAAUUUAAUUGUAAUAACAAAUACGAACUAAACAAGUUUCAGAAUAAUACACAUAAACUUUAUGUACCGACAAUAUAAACAAUUAAUAUUCCAGGUAUAUUUUAAAUAAAUAAAUGCUUGAUUUUCAAUUAUUUCUCUUUCACUAGAAAUUUAUUUGAGUUACUGUUAGAACAAAUUUUUUUUUUACCGAUAUGUACAGAUAAAAUUGGUAAACAGAGAGAACCAGUAGUAACUUGGUGUCAAUUAAAGAGUUCUUUUGUAUUUUUUUUUUAUUGGUGGACCUGUUUCUUUAGAUUUUAAAAAAUAUAUUUAAGAAAAACGAUUUCAAAAGUAGUAACUCCAACUUGCUUUUAUUUAUUUAUUUAUUUUGCUUUUUUCUGCAUCUGAUUAGGAAAAAAAAUCUCAAAGAUGUCCAAAAAUUUUAAUUAGUAUUUUUUUUAAUAAAGUGUUCUUUUCUUAAUUUUUUAAAGGAGCAAGCUCAAAAUCAUAUUCAAUUUGAGGCCAAAGGUCUGGGUGGAUGAUUGAAAAUGAGGUGGGUUAGAUUAUGGAGAUCGCAAGUUACGUUUUUCCUUUCCAUUUUUAUCCGUUAAAUUAAAACUCCAACGUUUUGUUGGUCUUCUCUAUGGAGAAUCAUUAAGAAAAAUAAAAAAUCCAAAAGGAAAAUCAAAGGCAUGGUUGUUGACGCAUCCUAAAGCAUUAGCAAUGUGUGCUGUGCAAAUUAUAGAGUACAGGCAAAGUCGCAAUUAUAAUGAUUAAAACUAUAUAAUUUAAUAAAUAAAAAAAGUCAAAGAAUUUCUUCUAAGCCAAUAAAAGCAAAAAUUUUCUUCAAUAUGGACAAAAAUAUAUGUUCAAACUUAAUAUUGUAUUUCACGUUCCUUUAUAAUUUUCAAAGCAUCUAUAGUUGCUUGACUUGAUUUUAGUAAAUGUACUCGUGAGUUUUGAUUGAUCAAAUAUAAGUUAUUUUUCGUAAUUAGCUUUUGAUUAAUCUGUUUACACUUUUACGUUUUGUUGAAAAAGAGAAGAGAUGUAGUCGUAUCCAGGACAAGAAAAUCAAGCUCAAAGGGAUGGGGGAUGUGCUACCAAUAGUGGAAAAAGUGUUUGAAUAUGUGGUUCAUCCGGGUUAUAAGCAGGUGGCCUACAUCCUCGAUUACAAGCAAAAUGUAGAUGAACUAAACCAUAGUGUUGAGGAUCUUAGACGUGAUAAGGAAAGGCUGGAACACCAAGUUGAUGAAGCUGAUAAAAAUCUAAAAAAGAUUGAAGCUAAGGUCACAGAAUGGUUACGGGAAGUGGGUGAGUUUGAGUCUAAAUUUGAGAAUUUUAUGAAAGAUGAAGGCACAAAGUCAAGGUAUCCUUGGAAUAGGCAUAGACUAAGCAGACGGGCAACAAAGAUGGCAAUGGAGGUUAAGAAGCUAAGAGAAGAGAUCCCCAAGGCUGAUGAAGUUGCCUAUACGGAGAACGUAACAUCUAAUGAUGUCGCUUCGUCUAAUGUUGGUGUUGGCUACAUCGAUUUUGGUUCUAGAAAAUCCACAAUGGAUGGCAUAUUGGCAUCACUUCAAGAUCCCAUGCUCAGAAUGAUUGGGCUGCAUGGGCCAGGUGGUGUGGGUAAGUCCACUUUUGUCAAAGAAAUUGCUAAUAUAGCUCGAAACAAGAUGUUUAAUGUGGUGGCUAUAGCAGAAAUAACUGUCAAUCCCAAUUUGCAAAAAAUCCAGGAAGAAAUUGCUUACGUGUUAGGAUUGAGAUUGGAAGGGAAUGGUGAAAAUGUGAGAGCUGAUUGUAUACGGAGGAGGUUAAAGAAAGAGAAGGACAACACCCUUAUAAUAUUGGAUGACCUAUGGGACAAAUUAGAUUUGAACAAGUUAGGGAUUCCACUUGAUGAUGAUAAUGAUUAUGACGAUGAUUUAAGCAAGAGGAAUGAGAUGGAAGAGAUGAAAACUGAAAAUGAAAUGAAGCUUAGGAGCAAAGUGAUGAAAAAAGAAAAACCUCUUGGUGAUUAUAAGGGGUGCAAAAUUUUGCUAACCUCAAGGGAUGAAAAAAUAUUGUCUGAUAAAAUGGAUGUUAAGUCAAUUUUUUGCAUUAAGGAAUUAGAUGACAAGGAUGCUCUGAUGUUGUUUCAGAAGGCGGCUGGAAUACCUAAUGAAAUGUCCAACUUUAAACAAGAGAUUGUUAAGAAGUAUUGUGAGGGUAUACCCAUGGCAAUAAUUACUGUUGGCAAGGCAUUAAAAGACAAGAGUGACUCAGUGUGGGAAGCUAGACUAGAAAAACUUAAAAAGCAAGAAUUGGUGGGAGUGCAAAAGCCUAUGGAAAUUUCUUUAAAGAUGAGUUAUGACCAUCUAGAAAGUGAGGAACUCAAGUCCAUUUUCUUACUUUGUGCCCAAAUGGGUCAUCAACCACUAACGAUGGACUUGGUGAAGUAUUCCUUUGGUUUCGGUAUACUUGAAGGGGUCUACUCGCUUAUGGAAGCUCGUGAUAGAAUUCAUACAUCAAUAGAAAAGCUAAAAGGCUCAAGUUUGGUGUUGGAUGGAAGUUCUAGUAAUCAUUUCAAUAUACAUGAUAUGGUUCGAGACGCUGCUUUGUCAAUAGCACACAAGGAGAAAAAUAUAUUUACUAUGAGUAGUGGUAAACUUGAUGAUUGGCUUGAACUUGAGAAUUGCACUUCGAUUUCUAUAUGCAACAAUGAUAUCAUGGAUGAACUUCCUAAUGUUAUAAAUUGUCCUCAACUUAAAUUUUUUCGAAUUGAUAGUGAUGAUCCGUUUUUGAAAAUACCUCCGGGUUUUUUUGGUAAAAUGAAAAAACUCAGAGUGUUAAUAUUGAGUGGGUUUCAUCUGUCAAACUUACAAGAUUUAAUUAAAGGUUUAUCAAAUCUCAGAAUGCUUUGUUUGGAGCGAUGCAAAUUAGAAGGCAAUUUUUCAAUCAUAGAAACGUUGAAAAAAUUAAGAAUUCUCGGUUUUUCUGGGUCUCAAAUUGAAAAUUCUCCAACUGAGUUGUGGUACUUAGAUAAGCUACAAUCGCUAGACACCAGCAAUUGUUGCAUACAAAGGAUGUACAUACCUAAUUCUAUGUCAAGGUUGACUUCUUUGGAAGAGUUGUAUACAAGAAAGUGCGUGAUCUACUCUGUUGUGGUAGAAGAGACAAAUGGGCAAAUUUCAUUGCUUUCUAAACUAAAACAUUUGCAUCAACUGAAAGUGGUGGACUUGAGCCUCCCAUGUGCUACAGUUUUUCCCAAGGACUUAUUCUUUGACAACUUAAAUGAUUACAAGAUUGUGAUUGGAGACAUCAAGGUGCUUUCAGAUGGAGAUUUCAGGAUGCCUAAUAAGUACGAACCAUCUAGAUCUUUAGCAUUGCAGCUGAAAGACGAUACUAACAAUAUUCACUCUCGAAAUGGGAUAAAGUUGUUGUUUAAAACAGUUCAAAAUUUGUUAUUGGGAGAGAUAAAUGGUGUUCAAAAUGUUAUUUAUGAGUUAAAUUUGGAUGGAUUUCCGGAUCUGAAACACUUAUCUAUCAUAAAUAAUUUUAGCAUCAAACAUAUCUUCAAGCCAAAGGAUUUGGCUCAUCCUUUGGAUGUUUUUCCCAAUUUGGAAUCUUUAUGUCUUUACAAAUUGUGGAACAUAGAGAUGAUAUGUUGUAGUCUAGUUACAGAUGUCUCAUUUACCAAAUUGAAGACUAUCAAGGUCAAGAUGUGUGCCCAUUUGAAGAAUGUCAUCUCAGUUUACAUGGUUAAACUUCUUUCUAGUUUAGAAACAAUUGAUGUUUCUGAUUGUGAUUCUAUAGAGGAGAUUGUUGAAAUACCUAUAAACUCUGAUAAGGUUGAGUUUCCUAAGUUGCACUCUUUGACUCUACAAUCAUUACCACCAUCAUUUACUAGUUUUUAUAGAGUAAAGGAAGACAUGACUCCUCCGCUCUUUGGUAAACGGGUUAAAAUUUCAAAUUUAGAGAGUUUGAAUUUAUCCUCGAUCGGCAUCCAUAAGAUAUGGUGUGACCGGUCCUUGUCAAGCUUUUGGUUUCAAAACUUAAUAAAAUUAGUUGUGAAAGAUUGUAAUAAGUUGAGAUAUUUGUGUUCAUUGUCUGUGGCUAGCGGUUUGAGCAUGCUAAAAGGCCUCUAUGUAAGCGGGUGUCAUGUGAUGGAGAAGAUUUUUUGCAUUGAAGGAAAUGGUCCACACAAGGUCUUUGUCUUUCCAAACUUGGAGGAAAUCCACCUUAGCAAAAUGGAAAUGUUAACAGACAUAUGGCAGGCUGAAAUGAGUGUUGAUUCCUUUUGUAGUCUCAUUUCUGUGCACAUUGAAGAAUGUGAAAAAUUAGACAAGAUUUUUCCGAGCCACAUGGAAGGAUGGUAUACAAGUUUGGAAAAGUUGAAGGUUGUUAAUUGUCAGUCAGUGAAAGUGAUUUUUGAAAUCAAAGAUUCCCAACAAAGAGAUGCAUCUGGUGGGAUAGACACAAAUUUGCAAAGUAUUUUUGUUGACGAACUCCCAAAGUUGAAGCAAGUGUGGAGCAAAGAUCCAAGAGGAAUUCUCAACUUCAAAGAACUACAGAGUAUAGAUGUAUCUUCUUGUUAUAAAUUGAGGAGUGUCUUUCCAACUUCUAUGGCCAAAGAUGUUCAAAAGAUUGCAUACAUGUCAGUAAGCUCUUGUUGGAUAAUGAUGGAAAUUAUUGCUUGUGAAGAUGGGUUAGAAGCAAGCAAUGAACCAUUAGUGUUCCCUGAAUUGACCAACAUGGAAUUAUAUGACCUAGAAAACAUGGAACCUUUCUAUAAGGGGAGACAUGGUAUAAAGUGUCCAAAAAUGAACAAGUUGACAGUGGUGGGUUGUAAGAAGCUUGAAACAUUUCAAAUAGAAAGAAGUGAAAGCACAAAUGAAGAAGUAGCAGUUUUCUCAACACCUAAAGAGCUUUUUCCCAACUUGGAGUAUUUGAAAAUUGACGUUGACCAAGCAGAGAAGUGGUUAUUGAGCAACACCAAAAUGUACAGAAUGCACCGUUUAAAAGAGCUUAUUAUCUCCGGGGAAGUUAGUUUUGACUCUCUCUACCAGUUUCUGUACACAAUGCCAAAUCUAGAAAAGUUAUCGCUAUGGCUUUUUAACUUAAUGUCAAAUGCAAAAAUUGCAGCACAGGAAAGAUUAGGAACCGUAUUACAGUUGAAGGAAUUGGUUUUCUCAUCGUCAGAUAUAGAGGAUAUAGGACUUGAACGACACCCGUUUCUACGGAGACUUGAACUUUUGACCUUACAAGAGUGCGACAAUUUGAGCAUUUUAGCUCCUCCCUCGGUAUCAUUGACUUACUUGACAUAUUUGGAAGUAAAGUCAUGUGAUGGAUUAAGGAAUUUAAUGGCAUCCUCAACGGCAAAGAGCUUGGUUCAACUUAAGACCAUGAAGGUAAUCCAUUGUGAUGAAAUAAAGGAAAUAAUAAGCAAUGAGGGAAAUGAAAAAGAAAACAUCGAAAUUGUAUUUAGCAAUUUGAUUACUAUAGAACUUGUGAGUCUAAAACAGCUCACAAGCUUUUGCAGCAACAAGAAUUGUAAAUUCAAAUUCCCUUUAUUGGAAAUAUUGAUUGUGAGAGAAUGCCCCAAGAUGGAAACAUUCUCGGAGAAUCUGGAAAGUGCACCACCAAAGUUACAAAAUAUACUUGCUGUUGAAGGAGAAGAAGAAGCGAAAUGGCAGUGGGAAGGCGACUUGAAUGGCACCAUACAAAAAGUUUUCAAUGAUAAGGUUUCUUUCAUAUACUCAGAGUAUUUGUAUCUUUCCAGUUAUCAUGAAUUUAUAAAGCAAUUAUGGCCUUGCAAUCAUUUGGAGUUACAAAACAACUUUGGCAAUUUGAAAAUAUUGCAAGCAUACUACUGUAAUAGUCUAGAGCACGUAAUUCCAUCUCACUUACUUCCUUGCUUUGAGAAUUUAGAAGAGUUAGAAGUACGGUGGUGCAGUGAAGCACGGGUCAUAUUUAAUAUAAGUGAUGAGACAAAAGCUUUGGGAAUAAUCCGUUUGAAAAGAUUGAGAUUAUAUGAUCUACCAAAACUAGAGCAUGUAUGGGACAAGGAUCCUGAGGGAAUUAUUAACCUUCAAGUGCUACGAUAUAUGCAUGUUGAAAGAUGUAAUUGUCUGAAAAGUUUAUUUCCAGCAGGGGUGGCUAAAAAAGAUGUUAACUGAAGAAUUGAAGAGAUUGAGGUAACAAGGUGUAGGGCCUUGGUAGAAAUAUUUUCAAAGGGUGCAGAAGCAGAAGAAAGAGCAACAAAAACGUUUGUGUUUAGUUCUCUCACCUCAUUGACUCUAACCGAAUUGCCAAAGCUCAAAUACAUCUAUCCCGGAUUACACACGCUUGAAUGUGAAGAAGAUGAUGAUGCAGAGGAGCAAGUCCUUAUUGAAAUUGAAAAGGUAAUUCUUAUAAGUUAAUUCACUUGUACUUAUUAUAUGUAGGAUCGAGUCUGGUUGGAUGAUUUUCAAAUAAGAAGAAAAGUUGUGUAAUUUCAUCCAACUUUAACCAAAUUAGUUUUUUUAAAUCCCGGGUCGGUCUGGAUAGAUGCAUUUACAGGUCUAAAAACUACUAGAAGAAAAUUAGGAGAAAAGACAAAAUAAUUAGAAACCUAAAGUAUAAGUAAAUAAAAGAAAUACUAAUGAUAAUUACACAAAAAAUUUGAAAAUAUGAAUAAAAAAUUGGAACUAACA